UACAUUCAUUUCCAAUGAAAAGCUGCGUUUGCCUUGCAGCAUUGCGUUGCAGAGGCAGUUGCAGUGCAUAUGUUGGAUUUAUCGAACGUAUGCGUCAAACUGUAUAAGUAGACAGCUUGAAGGUGAAUGUUGAACUUUCGUUGCAUACAUAACCAGAUGAUGCUGCAUAAUAUUUCGCGUAAAACAAUGUCUGUGUGAUCGAGUUGUGACUGCUGCCCCUCGAGUCUGCACAGCCCAGGCACGUUGUCGGAGCAGGAUGUGCUCACUGGAGGUCAAAUAGAAGGGGGUUUUCCUGCUGCUGGACAUUUGCGGUCAGAAUCCAAUAUUUUGGUCUAUUUGACUCAUUUAUUUUUCAACAAAUGCACUUUCUCUCUCUCUUUCACUCUCUCUCUCUCUCUCUCUCUCUCCAGUUUCUUCUUUCUGUGAUGUCUACUGCAUUGUGUUUGCUUUACUGCUCCAGGCCAGUCAACAGCCCUGCCUUGGUUUCGACACUUCAGCCGCAGUGUAAGGGAGAGGGAUGUACAGCCAUUACCAUUGAGGCUGAGACACGUGCAGACGGCAGCAGGAGGACCACUCGCUACGACAUCGACAUGACCAAGUGCAUCUACUGUGGCUUCUGCCAGGAGGCCUGUCCUGUUGAUACUAUUGUGGAGGGUCCAAACUUUGAGUUUGCCACAGAGACCUACGAGGAGUUGCUGUACAACAAAGAGAAGCUACUGAACAAUGGAGAUCAGUGGGAGUUGGAGAUUGCUGCCAACAUACAGGCAGACUACCUCUAUAGAUAGACCAUCGUACUGGAAAACCAACCUAACUACAUAUACUAUGCAUACCGUAAACACUAAGACAAUCUAAUGUCAAUGAAUAAUACACAAACAAAGCCUUCGAUCAUACUUUUAACAUGGAGAGCCAGUAGGCCUAUUGUCAGAGGGAAAAAAAACACAAGUGUGAAAGUGCACACACAAAUUGUACAUUAAUCAUUAUUUGAUGACCGUAUGUAUACCUCAUGCACAUUUUGUCAUUAACAAAAUCUUUAAAAUAUUAUAACUGUAGAUGAAAUUGUAGGUUAUGUAUUUGUAUGAAGAAAAUACAUGUUUUUUGACGGCCUCUUUUUGUGUAUCUUUUCAUCCACUUUUGGAAGAAGUUUAAAAGGGAUAUCUUGGCACUGUAGAUACUGUAGCUUGAUUUGCACUAAUGAAAAAUGUAUCAACCCCUACAAAAAUAUCCAUUAAUUAUAA